UUUUCUACUUUUUAUUAAUCAAUCAUGUUACAUAUUUGAGAGGAAAAACAAGUUUCUUCGUAUACAUUUAUAUAAUCUACAAUUAAAAGCAAGUUAUGGACACGAGAUGAGUUUAACUAUGAUGUUAAACUGAACUGUCGUUCCACUCGGUUAAAGUCAAAUUUGUGAAACUGGAUCCGAUCUAAAAUGUGAAUCGAUCGGAUCGGCUGCAUAAUCGGUAGUUUGAUACAAGCUUAAAGCAUAUCUAGCAAUUUCUUUAGAAAAAUCUCGAUUUUGCGAUUGGUGAACCUGCGCAUGAAUUCUAUGGACGAAUCGGUGAAUAUACAUAUACAGAUACAUGGUGCACAUCAAAACAUACGUUGACGAUGAAGUGACAAUUUCGAGAACGUAUUUGUUAGACGAAUACACAAUUUUCGCACAACUUGAUUUAACAAUUUUAGCGGAAGGCACGACGGUGUCAUUGGAAUUGCGACGUUGGCGUAUAAAAUCUGUCGCGAUUCCAUCACAAGAGUGAAAUGUUUAUGCAUGAUAAUCAGAAGUGACAAAUUACAAAUGUAUAAAUAUAGUGAUUUUUAUGUAAAUUAUUACACAGGUUCUUCUGAAUUCUUAUAUUUGUGAAAACUACUUAUGUAAUAAUUUUAAAAUGUCGCACGGAGAUGGUGCUGCUAUCGCAGUGCCUAAUAAUCAAAACGGCGCAAUAGGACAUAAUCUUCACAGUCUUGCUGGUGUCAUAGGACCAGUCCUGAAUAAUAACAACAUGAAUAUAGCUAGAAAUAACAAUAAUCAAAACCCCUUGAUUAAUGUACGGGAUAGGUUAUUUCAUGCAUUAUUUAUCAAAGCAGCAUUAGCUUAUGCACGAACAUUUCCAAGGCCUGUCAGGAGAUUUAUAGAAUUUAUAGUCCUCUUAAAGGCUAUAUUGGCAUUUUUUGUAUUGGCUUAUAUCCAUAUAGUAUUUUCACGUGCACCAACUAACUGCUUAGAACAUAUAAGAAACGAAUGGCCACGGGAUGGUAUAUUGAGAGUCGAAAUUCUCAAGAAUGGUGGUGAAGACUAUAGUAUAGAGAAGAGUUAUGCCAAAGAGGAAAAAUUGAGACAAGAAAAGGUUGAUGAUUUGACUAACGCUUUAGGAAUAUUAACUGGAGAUGGCUUUAUAAAUAUUGAACCAUCAGCUGUUGAUGAAGAACGGGAGACUAUAAAUUCCUCUAUUGACGAGAACCAUGAAAAUUUAACAUUACUUGAGCAAGAUCUAACGAGAAGUGCCACAAUUUCUGGAGAGAUGCAAAAUCCUGAUCUAAGCACAACAAAUACAACAAUAACUCCAUCAUUAUCAACGAAACUUUGGGAUGGUUUAAAUUCAUCCAGAGAAAAGUUUUCUACUGCAGAAAAUAAUUACACAGCAGUACCUGAUCAUUUAAGUGGAAAUAAUGUACAAUUAAAAGAUCGUACAGCUGAUGCUGAUAAAAUGGCUAAGACAGAAGAUGGAUAUAUCGUAGAAUAUUCAUUGGAAUAUGGCUUUUUGCGAUUAUCACCAGCGGCUCGACAAAGACUAAACAUUCCAGUUAAAAUUGUUACUUUGGAUCCAUUAAAUGAUAAAUGUUUUGGUGAUGCAUUUUCAAGAUUGAUAUUAGAUGAAUUUUUGGGAUACGACGAUUUGUUGAUGGCAAGCAUCAAAACAUUAGCAGAACAUGAGGAUAACAAAGGUUUUUUGCGGAAUGUGAUAACAGGAGAACAUUAUCGAUUUGUCAGCAUGUGGAUGGCACGAACGUCAUAUUUGGCGGCAUUCUUCGUCAUGCUCGUAUUUACAGUGUCAAUUUCAAUGUUGCUGCGCUAUUCGCAUCAUCAGAUCUUUGUCUUUAUCGUUGACCUCAUACAAAUGCUAGAAUUCAACUUAACGGUGUCAUUGCCAGCUGCCUCUUUAUUAACAGUGGUUUUGGCAUUAGUAGGGAUGGAGGCGCUAAUGUCUGAAUUUUUCAAUGAUACAACCACUGCGUUUUACAUAAUCUUAAUAGUUUGGCUUGCCGAUCAAUAUGAUGCCAUCUGUUGUCAUACAGCUCUUACAAAGAGACACUGGCUAAGAUUCUUCUACUUAUAUCACUUCUCUUUCUAUGCGUACCACUAUCGAUUUAAUGGACAGUACAGCAGUUUAGCGCUAGUCACCUCGUGGCUCUUUAUACAGGUGAAUGCAUUGUGUAUCUUAUUAUCUUUUCAUUUUAAGCGUAAACGAGAAAUGACACGAAAUCUAUUGAUUCGUUACUCUAUGUCUCUAUUUGAUUUUGAUUCCACGAAUCCAACCACUCCGGGUCCGGAGUCGUCGGCGGCACCCUCAGCCUCACCCUCACCCUCGCCUUCGUCUUCGUCUUCGUUUUCGCCGAGUCCGAACCCAUCGACGCCUACAACUGAGCAGACACAGCAAAACUAUAUCACUGAGCUUUCUCAGCUUGAUUCAGAAUCUAACGAUCUGGAGAUGCAGCAUGCAAAUGCCGAUACUGAGCAAGCAUCUAUGACAACGACGACUGUUCGUCAAGACGAUUCUGUUCCGGUAUCGGAAGACAGGACAGUGCCUGUCGCAUCAACUUCCGUUGCGAAAGCGGAAGUGAAAUCGUCAGCAUCUGGAGCUGCGAGUCCGAUCGCCGAUACUUCAUCCUCUGAAGGUUUUGAAGUCAUAGAGUCUGCCGAGAUGGUGCGUAAGGAAGCAUCUACCGAAGACAAAAAAGAACAUUAGACUUUGAUCAUGCCAGGUGCGUGGCAGUCAGAGCAAAGAGUGUAUUAUUUCCAUACGACUACUUCCGUCGAUUUCCCUUCAUAAGAAAUCGGCGCGGUUAUCUGUCAUUUAACUGUAAAGUAUCACGCUUCAAGAUCAGAAUCAACGGACGAAGAGACAAAGAUUUAUAUAACGACAUGUAGUCAUAGAAAGUUUUUAACGGGAUUAUUAUAAACGGAUGAUUAAAGAUCAGAUUUAAAUAGGUUGUUACAUGUUUCAGUGUUAGAUUUGUUAGAAAUAUAAUAGCAAGAUUAAUCGUUAUAAACGUAACUAUUUCAAAAAUUAUUAAAUGCAAUGUAUUUUAAUUUAUUACGUUCGUAUCAGGUGGAUUGUU